UGUUCUAAUCUCGUAAAUUAAUUUACAAUAAAAAGAGCGAGUAAUAUGACAUAAAAAGUGAGAGAAAGAUUUUAUCGUACUUUUCAGAUAUCGUUUAGAACAUUUGUUGAAGGAAAACAAUACUGAAAAAAUUUCUUCGAAUCAUCAAUCUAAAGAAUGUACUCGCAAUGUCAUAUGUUUUAUUAAUGCUCACAAAAGAGCUGUGGAGUUAGUAUAAAAGAAAAAAAAAUAUUCUCAAAUAAACAAAAUAUGUGUAAACAAAUAAUUAUAAUUUUGCUCUUGUAAUUUUUAAGAUUCGCUGAUCUAAUGGAAUCAUAUUUUUCAUUGCCAUCAUUAUUAAUAACAGGAAUGAAUAUAAUUUGCUUGAGUGUCUCUCUUUUGCGUGUGGCAGCAUUGUUGGGAAAAUCAGUAGAAGUAUUCAAGUUUAUUGCAUUUACAGGAGCCCAACUUUUUCAUAUGUAUUGCAUUAGUUUUGUCGGACAAAGAUUAAUAGAUCAUAGUAGUGACAUUAGUUUUAAAGCAUAUAGUGGAUUAUGGUACGAUGCACCAAUGGCAGUACGUAAAAUGUUAUUGUUAGUUAUUCGAAGGAGCCUCAAACCUUCUCAUCUAACAGCAGGGAAAAUAUUCAUAUUCUGUUUAGAAAGUUUCUCAAUGGUCGUGCAGACAUCCACGUCAUACUUUAUGGUCCUUUCGUCGAUGCAAUAAGCGUGAUUAGGAUUCCUGAAGUUUAAAAUUUAUUACAUAAAUUUUAUAUAUAUAUAUAUAUAUAUGUAUAUGUAUAUAUAUAUAUAUAAAAACUGUGACGUGACAUGACGUAAAAAUGGUUGGAUUCGAAAAUGCAAUUUACAUAUUUGGUAAAAAGGUUUUAUAGAUGAUAUACAUAUAAGGUAUAAGAUCGAUAUAAAGGUAUGUUACUACAUGAUAGAAUUACUUAAAUAACUAUUGGACAUAGCACAAGGUCGACCGAUAAAGUUUCUGUGUUUUAUUAUUAUUAUUAUUAUUAUUAUUAUUAUUAUUAUUAUUAUUAUUAUUAUAUUUUUUUUUUGUUAUUUUUAAUGCUUUUUAUAUAUGAAUUCAAAAAACGCUUAUGCGAGUCUUCAUUUUCCGUGAGAGUAGGCUUAUACUACACAAACAAUGAAAUGUUGUUUUCAUUGACGAGAAAAUAUAAUUCUUACACAAGCUGUGCAGCAAUCGAGAUACAGAGAUCUAAGUUAUAUUAAUAUAUGAUAUAAUAUGGUAUUAUGAGGAAAAGAGUAUAAUGGCAUAGAAAAAUAAUAAAGUAAAAUUCAUUCAUUCUGACUAAAUCGAGUCGAUUUUUCAGCAUUACAGAGAUUUUUAAUAUGGAUGGUUCCGUGCGAAGAAUAGAAAAGAUUCAAUUACUUAUAAUAUGGACGACACAAGUAUAGUUUCUUUUCAUUUGAAAAAAUUAUUUUCUUAAUUUGAUAUCGUCGAGUGUAAAAUUCCUUAAGUCUCUAAAAAUAUAAAUAGGACAAAAAGUAUGAAUCUCGUAUUGAUAGAGAAAAAUAUAUAUACCAUCACUUUUACUAAACAUUGGAUAGUAAAUUUAAAUAGCGCGUAAAUAUGUGUGUGCAUGUGUGUUUAUAUGUAAAUGCAUCGUCAAUUUAAACAUAAUUACUAGACCGUUAUUUUUUAAUUUUAAUUACGAAAUAUUUUCUUUUGGCACCUCGUUGGACUUUAAUAUUUUUUUUUUGUCUUUUUUUCUUUUCUUUUUGGAAAAAAUUAGAAUAAAAUACUGUGCCCUAAGUAAUUUCUGAGAUAUAAUUAUUAAUGUUCUAUUAUUAUUAUUAUUAUUAUUAUUAUUAUUAUUUAUUUAUUUUUUUAAUUAUAAGCACUCAUUAGUUCGACGAUACGAAAGUAUACAUACGUACGUACGUAUGUAUGUAUUUAUGUAUGUAUGUAUGUAUGUAUGCAUGUAUGUAUGUAUGUAUGUAUGUAUUCGACAAUAGCUGUGAUAAUAUUGCAAUUCACUCAGGGCUAUAAUAAAUUAGAAUUUAUCAAAUGUUACUAUAGCACCAUAAUAUCGUUUACAUAUAUGUAGAGCAAACAACUCACGACUCACAUCAAUAUGAAAAAUUCUUGUAUAUCAAAAGAGUCUAUUCAAAUACAUUGUAUCUAUUGAUAUAUUAUGAUAUCUAAGAAAAUGUCGCGCGAGAUAUUUUCGAUUUUCUGAUACAUUGAAAAAUAAAUCAAUUGCUACGAGAUACAAAGUGUAUAAAAAUUACGAUUUUACCACGUUUUAGAGAUGUACAAGAAAAAAAAAACUGUAAUUAGCUGAUAUCAAAUCAUUCCAUUGUUUUUUCUCUUUUUCUCUAUCUUUCAUGUUCCUUUUUAUUGUUGUUCAUUGUUGUUAUUGUUUAUGAUUAAGUUACUAAAUAUUAUCAUUUAAUACUUGAUACGUAUAUCUUCCUUAACUAUUUAUUUUUUUCUUAAAACGUAUUUCGUAUGUGUGCGUACGCUUACGAAGUUGCAAAAACGUGCAAAAAUUUACGACAACUCCAUGACGAAAACUUACUUUCUUUCUUUCUUUCUUUCUUUCUUUCUUUCUUUUUCUUUUUCUCCUCUUUUUUUCCUUUUUUUUUCUUUUUUUUUUUUUAACAUUCUCUGUGAUAAUUAUAAAUUUCUCAUUUUAAUUUUCUCUAAUUAAAAAUGUUAUAUUGCAUUUUUCUAGAAAAAUCAUUGUUAAUACCAAUAUCAUUGUGUGUAUUGGCUAAAAUAUUAAUUAAUAUUUGUUUUGCAGGGUUUAAUAAUAAUAAUAAUUAUUAU